UAGGUCGUAGCACGCCGAGCAACAGAAUGGAGAAAUCUUUGUCCUUACGGCGUAUGAUAUGUGACACGAACAUUUUAUCCCGUUCCGAUUGUUCAGCUGCACUGUCGCAGGGUUCCACGCAGGUUAUGGUAUCCGCUAAUGGGCCGGCGGAGAUCAAACUCAGGAAUGCCGAAUCGGAAAACUCCCACCUGGAGGUACAGUACCGAUCGAACGCAGGCCUGGAAGACAUUCAGAACCGCCUGGUGGAGAGUCUCAUUAAGCGAUCGUUCGUUCGAGCGGUCGCCACCACAGCAUUUCCCCGGACGGCAGUGUACGUAAUUGUACAGGAAAUGACCGACAAGGGUGGUUUGUUGGCCUGCUCGAUAAACGCUACCUGCCUGGCACUGAUCACCGGUGGAAUCGAGCUGAACUUUGUCGUUGCGGCCGUGCACUGCAUCCUGGAUCAGGAUGGCAACGUGAUACUGGAUCCGGAGGGCAAACAACUGAAAUUGACACGCAGUUCCUUUACGUUUGUUUUCGAUAGCAUCGCCAAAAACACCGUCACCUCGUACGUGCACGGAAGUUUUACGCUCGACGAGUACGAACGGGUUCUGGCGGUGUGCAAAAGCGCUGUGGAUAAGAUUUUCGAUUUCUAUCGCAAAGUGUCCCAAAACAUAACGCAGGUUGUAACGGACGAAAGUUGAUGA